CCAGCAGUGUUUUUCAAGGGCAAAAAUACAGUGAGGGGUCUAAGAUGAGGAAUAGUCCUAUACUGUGUAGAUUACACUGGAAUAUGAUUCAAACUAUGGACCCACCCUCUGUUUAAUUCAUCACAUGGUAACGAUGGAAGCUGGUUGUUGUUGUAUAAAAGCCCGGAGAAGCGAUAGCAUCUCUCAGCCUGUCCUCAGCACUUGAAUAGCAACGUGUUGUGAACACUUACAAGAAGCUCCUUUAAAGCGGCAGCACCGGCUCACUGGUGGUGAAGCAUCAUGGCGGACUCCAGCUGCAACAACCUGACAUCCCUUGCAAGGGCUUUGUCACAGCCUACACUGAAUCUGAAUGAUAUGAACGAUGUUACCCUUAGUCCUACAAGAAGUAUUCCGCUGUUCAAAUGUCGAAGGAGAAAGUUGUCGAUCUGCAACUUGAUUGAAAGCGUUGAGCCUUCACCAAUCGCUCCAGAGGCACGAGUCCUGGUUAUCAACACCGGAGGAACCAUAGGGAUGACACUUCACGAUAAGGUGCUUGCUCCAAAAGCUAAUGCUUUUUUUGAGAGCCUACGGAAGUUGCCUAUCCUUCACGAUGAGUCUUAUGCCCAGCAGACCGGCAUGUACGACUACUAUGGACCUGAGAACAUCCUCGUCCUGCCGCUGAGUAAGGAAAAAAAGAGAAUAGUCUACACUAUUAUGGAGUACACACCCUUGCUGGACUCCUCCAAUAUGACUACAGAUGACUGGGGUAAAAUAGGAAAGGAUAUUGAGAAAAACUAUGAAAACUACGAUGGAUUUGUGAUCCUCCACGGCACAGACACUAUGGCUUACACUGCCUCUGCCCUGUCCUUCAUGUGUGAACAUUUAGGCAAACCAAUCAUUGUCACCGGAUCACAGGUGCCGAUCUAUGAGAUGAGGAAUGAUGGCAGAGACAACCUGCUGGGGGCGCUGCUGAUUGCUGGCCAUUUUGUCAUUCCUGAGGUGUGCUUGUAUUUCUACAACAACCUCUACAGAGGGAAUCGAUCUACCAAGGUGGAUGCUGGGAGUUUCAAUGCGUUCGCAUCUCCUAACUUGGCUCCUCUGGCCUGUGCUGAAGUGGACAUCACAAUCAACUGGGAUACAGUGUGGAGAGCAAACACCACAGCAAAGUUUCAUGUGAGCACUGAGCUGAACAGGAACGUGGGGCUGCUCAGGCUGUUCCCAGGAAUCACUUCUGCUACUGUGAAAGCUUUCCUGCAGCCGCCCAUGGAGGGUGUGGUCCUGGAGACGUAUGGCAGCGGAAAUGCCCCCGACAACCGUCCUCACCUGCUGGCCGUGCUGAAGAAGGCCACCGACAAUGGAGUCAUCAUCAUCAACUGCACCCAGUGUCUGAGGGGGACUGUGUCCGCGUCUUACGCCACCGGCAAGGUGUUGAUGGAUGCAGGGCUGAUAGCUGGAGGGGACAUGACUCCAGAGGCGGCCCUGUCAAAGCUGUCCUACGUUUUGGCCAAAAAAGAUAUAACUCUUCAUGCUAAGAAAAAGAUGAUGGCUCAGAACCUGCGAGGUGAGAUGAGCGCUGACUUGGCAGGAGCCAAGCUUUGUCUGAGCGAUAGCCGCUUCAUCCAGGUCAUCGCCAAGUCCCUGAGCAUCAGCUGCAAGGAGGAGCUGGAAGCCAUCCGUGAUGCCCUGACCCCCCCUCUGGCAUGUGCUGCUGCUAAGAUCGGAGACAUUGAAGCCUUGGAAGCCCUAAAGGAAAUGGGCAGUAACUUGUUUCUGGGGGACUAUGAUGGACGCACGCCGCUGCAUAUUGCCGCCUGUGAGGGCCACCUGAAACUGGUGAAGUACCUACUGAGUCAUGGAGCUACAGUCUAUGCUAAAGAUCGCUACGGCGACACACCCCUAUGCAACGCUGUCCGCUUCAGGCAAAAGGAGGUGGUGAAGCUGCUGAGAAAGACCGGAGCGCACUUCUCCAGAGACGAGUUGGAGGAAGCAGGAACUGAACUGUGCAGCCUGGCAGCCAACGGGGACAUGGAGGGCCUGGAAAUCUGGAGCCUUGCCGGAGCCGAUCUGAAUAAACCAGGCUACGACGGGCAGUCAGCAAUUCAAGUGGCUGAGGCUGCUGGCAAAAAGGAAAUGGUGGCCUUUUUACACCAACUCAAAAAAAAGACCGUAAUUGGUGAAUUUAAUGAAUGUGAUGAAUAUGAUGAUGAUGAUGAGAGCGAAGGGAUCGAGUUCAUCGCCGCCCCGACAGCACAGUGAGCUGACGCUGCCUCCACCAGCAUUACAUUACAUUACAUCUUCCUCGAUGUGCAUCCUCUUCCUCCCAAGCCGUCCUCUACACACCGUCCUAUUGAGUUUCAGAGUUGCUCUCACUUCGAAUGUUUAGAUUUGACUUUUGAUUUGAAGCCAUUACUUAUGUUUCCCUCCAAACUCCAAGCCAGCACAACAUUAUUUAGACACUGCCUUCACUAAAAUAUGCCCAAAAAAGGGCAACACUAUGUAUAUGUUUGAUUGUUGCACAGUAGUGUACGUAUGCAUUUAUAAGGAGAAACAUAUUAUCAUCCUGAAUGUGAAUGUUCAAUCAGGGAUAAUUGUGAAAUUCACCUGUUUUUAACAUGGAAAGUGCUGAAACCUCCCUUUACUCCUUCAAUGGAGGAUGGUUGUUAAAUACAUUUGUAUAUGUACGAAAAGAGUUAAAGAUCUCUGACUGCUGUAACAGUACUUUACAAAGUAGUGUGUGUUGCUGUAGCAAUAUAUAAAAAAUAUCUGAAACUACAGGGUACAUCACAGAUUUUAUUUUUAUGGGUAUUUUUACAGUGAGAUGCUAGAGAGUAUCAUGUUGACUCGGGAAAAUAUUGUUGUCUUUAUUGCAUCUGGGACGUUAUUCAGCUGUAGCUCUUGUCCACUGCCCUUUCCAUUUCCUGUUGCUAAAACAGGUACAACCAAAACCUGCAGUCACCUCUCCGACUCAUCCGGCCUGUUUGCUGCACUGAUUACCGAGCUUGAAGAGUGGCAUAUCUCACUCUGAGAUGGACUGGGGGAAUUUAGACUAUUGUUUGAGCCAGAUGAAGACUCCCAGUUCCCAGUUUCUGUAUUUUCUUUUACUUUGCGUCAACGAUCACAAACAAAUAACUUACUUUUCUUUCCUUAUCUUUGUUCUGUAAUGUGUAAAUGGUGUCAAACAUUUCUACUUUUGUUUGCUUUAAAAAGGGAAUUUUCUGUGAUUAAUGUGAUUUUAAAGUGCAACGAAAUGACAUGAAAAUGUUCCUGCUGUUUUCAAUGCUUUGUUAUUGUCCCGAUGUUGUAUUUACAAAAAGUGUAAAGGAUGGUCUUCUUCCUUCUGUGUAAAAAAAAAGAAAAACAACAGAAAUAAAUCUCUUGUAUCAAA